AUGCCAACCACACGCAGAACACCAGCAGCUCCAGCGACACCACGACGAGCUCCCUCGGGAAGAGUCAGGAAACCCAGCGCAAAAGCAUCCCAACUGAUCGCUGAGAAUGACUCGGACCCGGAGACGAUUUCGGUGAUUGCAGACGUUAAUGAGACCUGGUCUCCCCAACGCAGAGGUCUGCAGGAAGCCAGGGGAACCACUCUAGAAGAGCUUGUGAAUGUCAUUUCGGACUUGAAGGAAACCAUCGCAAGUCAGAAUAACACCCUCCGCGACAUACAGGAGGAGUUGGAAGAGUUGAAAAACCAAAAUGGCGAACUCCAGGGCACGGUUCGAUCUCUCGAAUCCAAACUCGAACGGGCCACUUCCUCCCUCACUCCACCACGCUCCUGGGCGUCAGUGGUGAACGGCGACAGUGCAACUCAAGCCCACACAGGACCCACCGCGCUGACCAACUACCCCCAAACGACAAAAGAACCUCAAUGCCUGCGCAUCAGCACCAAGGCCAACCGAACCGAGGACGAAGUGAACGGAGAAACCCUGACUAGAAACCUCCCCAUCGGAAGAGCCAUUGGCCUCAUCAGACAAGCCUUUCUCAAGACAGACAAGACAAAAGACGUCGGAGUGGUAGGAGUAAACACAACUCGCACGGGAUAUGUGGUGCGCUGCAAGGAUGAACAAUCAGCAGCGACGGCAAAAGCACACACAGAAUGGCUGCAGGAACUCGGCAACAAUACCAAACUGGUCAAACCACGAUACCCAGUGGUUGUACAUCGGUCUCCUACAGAAGGCAUUACGCUACCAGAUAACGAACACGGAUUCAUUCGCCAACUCAUGGAGGAAAACGAGAUGCAGGCCAGGAGCGCCCACAUCGACGAAGCCACAUGGCUCAUUGCAAAGGGCAAGUCCCUCGGCUACCAUGCGACUCUCGGAAUAUGGUUUGACACCAAAGCUGCGGCACAAGAAGCUAUUACACAUGGACUAGUUUAUGGUCAACGACACAUGGGGGUGGCGGCCUAUGACCCUGAAAGGAAGAAGUGUUACAACUGCCACGAACCAGGACACUUCCAGUGGGACUGUCCAAAGUCUAGAGGAUGUCACGCUUGCAAUUGCGAUCAUGAGCGACGAGACUGCCCGCCCGAUGAAGGAGGCAGGGACAGCAACCGCCAGGUACCGGAACACACCAGAAUCAGCGAAGAGAAUGGGCUUACCCAAGCAAAUCGUUCCCAAUGA